UCGUCUCGCGCGGUCGAGGCGGUGAAUUCUCCAUUAGCGCUGCUGUGGUGGGUUAGGGUUUGGAUGUGGCGAUGGGGCAGAGAAUGGGGCUCUAGAAACUAGGAUUUGGCGUCCGCGAUGGCCGCGAUUGGAGCUCCGAUUGUGUGCGGGGGCAAGGCGACUGGAUCGAGCUUUGGAGCGUCAUGCAAGUGCCAAUUCUCGCCGGUGACACUUGUGGCAAGGCGAAAUCUCACUGUUCAGUCCCGGGGAAUGUUUCUUCACAGCUCGCAACUAAGCUUAUCUUCGCGCUCUAGAUUUUUCAAUGGAGGAAAUGGAAUUUCGCUGCUGGCAACAGUGGUGGCUUCGUCGAGCCGGGAUGGACAAGGGGCAAUGGGGGCUCGAAUGAACAUUUUUGAGCGAGUUAUUAGAGUAGUCCGGUCUUACGUAAAUGCUGCGGUAAGUGCUGCCGAGGAUCCAGAAAAGCUGCUUGAUCAGACAGUGCUCGAGAUGAAUGAGGAUCUCAUCAAAAUGCGUCAGGCAUCUGCCCAGGUAUUAGCAUCUCAGAAACAACUAGAGAACAAGUAUAGGCAGGCCGAAGAGAACUCUCAAAGCUGGUAUAAAAGAGCAAAACUGGCACUGGAAAAGGGAGACGAAGUUCUUGCCCGAGAAGCCUUGAAGAGGAGAAAAGAUUACGAGGAAAAUGCUAAGGCGCUGAGGACGCAGCUUGACCAACAAAAGUCCGUCGUGGAGAAGUUGAUAUCCAGCACUAGACUUCUCGAGAGCAAGAUUCAAGAGGCCAGGUCGAAAAAGGAUACUCUGAAAGCCAGAGCGCAAUCUGCAAGAACGUCGCAAAAGGUCAAUGAGAUGCUGGGAAACAUCAACACGAGCAGUGCUUUGGCAGCCUUUGAGAAAAUGGAAGAGAAAGUGACCGCCCUGGAAGCAGAAGCCGACUCAUUGAACGAGCUCAACACGGACGAGCUCGCUGGAAAGUUUGCUCUACUGGAGAGCGACAGUGUUGAUGACGACCUCGCGGCGCUAAAGCAAGACAUGCUUGGUACUUCCAAGAAAGCUGGCGAGCUCCCGGCUGGGCGAUCCCCCGUUGGCAGCAACGCAUUCGCAGACGUCGAGAUCGAAAAGGAGCUAAACGAAUUGCGAAGAAAAACUAGAGAGCUAUAAGGUCCGGCCUGGUGGUUUUUCCUUUAAUAAUAACAUCUCUAUCGCAGCUGCGCAAAGCACAGUGUUGAAGAGACGCGAAUCCGGCAAAGAAAAGCGUUUCUUUUUUCUAGCGGGGAUUUUGGAGGGAGGAGGAUUUUCAUUGCCGAGGAUGGCCUGGACACCUUCACGAGUAGCUCAUGACAACUUCUUGGGAAAUGCUAGUGCCUUGUACGGUAGCGAAUUCCAUCCCGGAAUUUGGGUGCCUGGGAUUGCUGGAUCGUUAACCACGUGGCAGGGGAACAAAAUCUAACAGGCACGCCGAUUCCGACAAGAAUAAUCAGCCAAAAUGCCUUUAGCGCAGAGGCCUGGGUUCGAUUCCCGAGACCGACGGCCUCUCACUCUCACGUUUGAAAUAGUCUAUACUUUUCUUUCU